AUGACUCAGCAGAAACGCGACUGACUAUGUUCUGUUUCAUGAGAGGAGGCCUGUACUCAGUUCAUCAGAUACUUAUCGCCGGACUAAGACUUUCACAUUCGGGGAAACUUCACAGUAUGUCGAAUCAGACUGCACAUUCCAAACUACCGUCUACACUGUUGGGAUCAGUGUCGUUUGGGGGGCGAGCAGACGCGGAAAUUUGCGCAAAAAUGGUAAAAGCGUUCUUGGAGUGCGGCCACAAUGAUUUGGACACUGCAUUCUUGUACACAGAUGGACAAGCAGAGACAAUAAUCGGUGCAAUGCAACUUCCCAAGACAGUAAGCAUCGCCACCAAAGCCAACCCUUGGGAAGGCAAGACACUGAAACCUGAGAGUGUCCGCUCCCAGCUGGAGACCUCACUGAAGAGACUUCGCACCCAGAGUGUGGAUAUCUUUUACCUGCAUGCACCGGACCACGAGACCCCCAUCUGGGACACACUACGGGCCUGUAAUGAGCUCCACAAAGAGGGAAAAUUCAAGGAGUUGGGCCUAUCAAACUAUGCCUCCUGGGAAGUAGCUGAAGCUGUCUGCAUCUGCAAACACAAUAAUUGGGUGCUUCCCACAGUUUACCAGGGCAUGUACAAUGCUACCACAAGACAAGUAGAGACUGAGCUGCUGCCAUGCUUGCGAUACUUUGGUAUUCGUUUCUAUGCAUACAAUCCCCUCGCAGGAGGUUUGCUCACUGGGAAGUACCACUAUGAAGACAAAGAUGUAACCCAACCUGCAGGACGUUUCUUUGGAACUAACUGGGCUGCUGCCUACAGAGAUAGGUACUGGAAGGUGAGCCAUUUCCAAGCCAUAGAUGGCAUUCGUAAGGCUCUGGAGGCAGCAUAUAGUUCAGAGAAGCCGACUUUAACAUCGGCCGCCAUGCGCUGGAUGUACCAUCAUUCUCAACUCAAGGGUGAGCUUGGUGAUGGUGUCAUUAUUGGGAUGUCCACCAUGGAGCAGCUUCAGGAGAACCUGGCAGCAGCCAAAGAGGCACCUCUAAAGCAGGAAAUUGUGGACGCCUUUAAGCAUGGCUGGGAUCUGGUAGCCCACGAGUGCCCCAAUUACUUCCGCUAGAUCUUAGUUGCGUUUUCUGUAGACUAGCAGCCAUUAUAAUCUAAUCAAAAAAUUAAUGUUUAUCUAUAGUAAUUGUAUUUUUCCCCAGAGAUUUUGUACAGUUAUAUAAUUUUGUAACAUGUCAAUUUAUAUAUCUUAAAGGGCUUUUUAGUCCAUCGUGGUUAUUCUUUGAAUGAGAACUUUUUCAGGUGUCAAUUCUUUCUUUUUAUGUUUAUAUGCACACAUUUAUAGAAUAUAAGUAAAUUGGCAGAAGCAAGUCACCAUACCCACCUUCAGUCAACUAUGCUAGGAAACCUUAAAUUAAGCACUUAAGUUUUGUAAAUCUAUACCAACGGUAAAUGGUACACUGCAUAUUAAUUAUACAAUAUUUGCUAGGAAGGAAAUUCAGUAAACAAGACAGAACCUAUCUACAUAUGUGAAGUAAACAAACAUCCCAUAGUGGUUUAAAAUACACAUUUUAAAAUAGUACGUUUGAAGGAACAGUGGCAAAUGCAGGCUGUACAAAAGCGAUGUACAAGUCCUAAACAAAUUUAGUAAAGUCUGGAGAACAUGCAUUUCUGAAGAUAAAAAUGCAGAAAUUUAACCUUGAUUUCAAAAUGUACACAUUUGGAAAAUAAAAUGUCCAAGAAAAGUCAA